AUGUUCUUCUCGUUCCGGGACCUCCUUGUCCCUGAUUCCGAAUAUAAAUCGAGAAUCCGCGAAAACCCCAACAAUUCCCGUUUCGGAGACGCGGUCGACUUCCUUAACGGUGAUUGGCUGAGCGCGCACGGAGAGGCGGUUGAGAGGUUGUCAUUGUUGCUCUAUGUAAAAGAGAAGAAUGCUGUCGCCGUCAUGUUUUUCUUUUCUCCAAUUGAAAUUGUUCUGUUACGGUUCACUGAGACAUCUGAGACGGCUCGCGUUUAUCGCUGGGGCUGUGCGUCGUCGCGUAUCCCAUUGUCACCACGUAUACACCAUCCUCAUCGACUGUUCGCCGUUAGAGAAGUGAUAGCCAGGCACGAACGAGGUUCCUUGAUUACUGUACAGCUUCCCGAAUUUUCUUGGCGACCAACAAUGGCGGCUGAAGAACGAUUGCGAACUACCGUCCCGGACGUGGAACAUGUCAAGGGUAUGACUAUAGACGAAAGCAUGUUGAAGCCGUCUUCGUUUUCAUUCAGUGUGCGAGAUGCUUGCGUAGCUGCCGGCCAAGUCGAUGCAAAAGUUUUCCGCGACAGUGAACAACCAGCCACCAUAAUGUCACACUUAGAGCAAUUUCGUCGGCAUCAGAAUAUGUGUGACGUAAUCUUAGAGGUUGAGGGGCAAACGUUAGUUGCACAUCGUUUCAUACUCGCCGCAGCGAUACCAUACUUCCGAGCGAUGUUUGGCUAUGAUGUCGUUGAAGCAAAAAUGGAUAAGAUUUCAUUAAACGAUAUAUCGUUCGAAGCAUUGGAAGCACUUGUAAAUUUUGUCUACACUAGCGAAAUAUCAAUCAACAGCGAAAACGUACAAAAUCUACUUUUUGCCGCCUCUAUACUGCAGAUGGAUUCUGUAUGCUACGCUUGUCAACGAUUUAUGACGCAACUGUUGACAACGAAAAAUUGCCUUUUAAUUAGACAAUUCGCCGAACAGCACAAUUGUGUGGAUCUAUUGAAUAGCUCCGAUGAUUUUGCUGUCGACCAUUUUAUUGAACUUCGAGAACUGGAUGAGUUCAAACAGAUAGCCUUUCCACAUCUACGGGAUCUAAUCAGAAGAAGUGAUCUGAAGAUCACGAGUGAAGAGCAGGUAUUCGAAACCGUAAUUGAUUGGAUGGAAGCAAACCCUUGCGAGAGGAAGCAUCAUCUACCCGAGCUACUUUCGCUAGUACGUCUACCCCAGCUAAGCAUGCAAUAUCUGGUUGAAAAUGUACGGCAAAACAGCAUGAUUAAGGAGUCAAGAGAGUGCACAGAUCUUGUUUCGGAAGCGCUAUUCAUCAUGCUUUCACCGUUAAAGGGUACACCAUUACCCGUAGGUGCAGCUAUUAAUGAUGAAGGCGGUGGACAGUAUGCUGCUGGAUCAUCAUUGUCCAUCCCUCGCCCAUUGUCCCCGUCAUCGCAAGCGCUUCGCAGUCGACCACGAAAGAGUGUUGCUGGCGUAAUAUUCUGUGCUGGUGGACGAGGCACCGGCGGAGACCCGUUCCGAUCUGUGGAAGCAUUUGAUUGUAGAUUAAAUCGUUGGAUCUCAAUAUGCGAAAUGACACAACAACGGCGACAUGUCGGAGUUGUCAGUGCUCUAGGAAAACUAUUUGCCAUUGGCGGUCAUGAUGGUAUGCAACAUCUUGCGUCAGCUGAAGUAUUUGACCCACGCGAAGGUGUUGGUUGGCGACGAGUGGCACCGAUGCGUACUUGCCGACGCGGAAUAGCUGCAGCUGCUUUGGAUGGGGCUAUUUAUGCUGUAGGAGGACUGGAUGACACCACAUGCUUUAGCACGGUCGAAAGGUACGACAUCGAAUCUAAUACAUGGACGGAUGUUGCGUCAAUGAAUGUGCGUCGUGGUGGUGUUGGUGUCAGCGCCUUAGGCAAAUUCUUGUUUGCUGUUGGUGGCAACGAUGGCUCGUCUUCUCUCGACUCAUGCGAACGCUAUGAUCCUGUUCUGGAUAAAUGGAAGCUCGUAGCAAAAAUGACAAAUCGAAGAGCUGGAGCGGGUGUAUGCGUGCUAGAUGGUGCACUUUAUGCACUUGGUGGCUUCGAUGAUAAUUCACCUUUAUGCACAUGCGAGCGAUACGAUCCACAUACGGAUCAGUGGACUCAGCUUGCAAAUAUGACCUUUUCGAGAGGUGGUGUUGGCGUAGCAUCUAUGGGUGGUUUGGUCUAUGCAAUAGGCGGACACGAUGGCCAACAUUACCUGAACACCGUGGAAGCCUAUGAUCCUGUCACUAAUUCAUGGACACCUGUUACGGACAUAAAAGAUUGUCGCGCAGGUGCUGGUGUUGCUUGGGCCGAUUGCAGUGUUGACGAUCUUUUGCGGCCAUUCCAAUCAGACAGCGGUUAUGCACCAUCUGGUGGUAAUCAGUGUAUAUAGGGCGAUCAAAUCGAGCUUGGGGCUUCCAAAAAUUGUGGAUUGCUUCAUGAGUUGGGUGAGAUAUUCCCCGUGAAUAACAUGAACUCGUGACUUUUUGAGAUUAUUGCAUUUGCUUGCCUGUGUCCAUUCAUGUACAACGGUGACUGUAAUAGGGUAAUAUUUGCUUAUUUUAUGCAUUUUUUUGUAUUUGAUGCCCGCAUUUGUCUGUACUUACUAGUCUUUCGUUCUUCCUUCCUUCCCUUUCUGUCUCUCAUCAUAUUUAGCAAACUUUCGUAGGCUUCUGUCAAUUCAUCUCUGUAUACGGUAGGACUUAUGUAAGUAUAUCCAAUCAGUACUGUGCAUGGCUGUAGUUUAUCGGUUCCUUCACCAUUGCAUAAUGUUAGUCAUAUUUUUCUAGGUUGUUUAGCUUCACUUAGGUUUUCAAAAUUCCCCCACCCCUCUCACUCGUAUACGUUGUUCUCGAUUCGGUGCAUUUUGAUGUCACGACACAAGGUAUAUUGUUUUGCAUUUUGUUCUGAACAAAAUUUGUGGUUUAUAAAACUUGGUAUCUGAAUUUUUUACACUGUCUAACUGGACAUUCAAAGGUACCGUCCACC